AUCACUCUUAACCCUAAGGCCUUAACCAAAAAAACGGAUGAAGUAUUAUCACGGAUUAUUAUUAAUUAUUUAUUAUUAUUGAGUACUCCGUAUUACGGGUAUUGUUAUUUCCGUGUAUUUUGUGAGAGCGAGUUUGGGAAAUUUGGUUUAGCUGAGAGAGGUUUCGCUUUCUUUUCCACACAACACCAAGACGACUCUGCAAAUCUUCCAUUAAUCUUGUACCGCAAUUUCUGCUCAUUUUCCCUCUUUCUUUCCAGGUUUUACCCCUUUUUCUCCCUCUUUGUUUGCUUAAUUGUUGUAAUUUGACAGUUUCCAGAUUAUGAUGAUUUCACAAUUAACAAUAAUCCGCUAAAAAUCAUCAACAAUAAUCCCGAAACCCUAUUUUUAUUUUUGAUUUGUUUGAAUGGAUUUGCAAUUGGUGAACAAGGGUAUUGAAUUCACACGUAAGAAGAAGAAGUGGGUUCUUCUUUUAGCAGCUUUUGGGGUAACUGGGUAUGGUGCUUAUAGGGUUUAUAAUUCUCCAUCUGUUGCUAGAAAAAGGAAGAAAUUUGUGAAAUUAUGUAGUGCCCUUGUUUCUAUCAUUGUUGCUGUUUCUGAUUCUGCUGAGACUGUUGGGAUUCUUUCUAAAGAUUUAAGGGAAUUUCUUCAGUCAGAUUCUAAUGAAAUUCCCAAUAGUUUGAAGCAGAUCUCAAAAUUAGCUCAAUCAGAAGAUUUCUCUGAUUCUGUUGUUAGGAUUACUGCUGCUUUGACAAGGGGGGUUUUCAGGGGUUGUCAGGCAGAAUAUUCCACUAAUGAUACUACUAAGGGUGAUUCAAAUUCGGGUUUUUAUGACCGAUUUAUGGAUAAGCUGUUAUCGGAUUCUGGCUCAGGGUUUGCUUCUGUGGUUACUGGUAGUUUUGCCAGAAAUUUGGUGACUGCAUUCUAUUCAAUUGAAGAGUCUGGUAGAGAAUCGAAUUCGAGUGUGAAGACAAAUGCUGGUGGUUCCGGAAAGGAGGCUCCAUUGCCUAAAUGGGUUGAUGCAAUGUGUAGUGAUCGUUGCAGGGAUCUCUUUGGUGAAUGCAUAGAGAAGUUUGUUAGCACUGCUGUUGCGGUUUAUCUUGACAAAACUAUGAAUAUUAACACCUAUGAUGAGUUGUUUGCUGGAUUGACGAAUCCAAAGCAUAAUAAACAAGUGAGAGAUUUGUUGGUGACGGUAUGCAAUGGUUCGAUUGAAACCUUGGUUAAGACAUCUCACCAGGUUCUAACAAGUUCAGAAUCUGGUGAAAAAGUGGGGUCUGAUUCUUCUUCUUCUUCUGUAUCUCGGUUUGUUGUGACACGUUCCAAUUCAGAUGUGGUGUCAAAGACUUUAUGUUCGGUGAUUGGUGAUGCCCAUAAUGUGAUCAAUGUUAAACAGAAUGAACUUGGACGAGGAAAGUUUAAUGAUUCAAAGCAAAGUAGGAAGUCAUCUAGUGGCAGUUGGAUGUCAACAAUGUCUUCAACCUUGGCUGAGCCGAGUAAUAGAAAACUUGUCCUUGAUGUUACUGGCAGAGUGACGUUUGAGACUGUGAGAUCAUUCCUGGAAUUUUUGCUUGGGAGGUUGUUUUCCAGCGUGAAAAGAAGUGUCCGCGUUGUGAAUAGUGCUAUCAUCGACACUGGUCAUCAAGUUGUAAGAUAUGUUACGGCAAAAUCUUACAUUGUUGCUACUAUAUGCAUCUCACUGUGCUUACAUAUACUGGGUGGCCCUUGGCAAUUGAUGCCUGCUUGAGUUAGUAAGCCUCUUCCUUGACAGUUGAAAUUCCUCAUAGCAUAUGCCUCUAUUGUACGUUGUAAAGUUUUUCAUUUGAUUAUUUCCAAGUUCAUGAAUGUUUUAUUCUACCUUGGUAACAAAACAUCAUUGUCAGUAUUUUCAAGUGUUCUACAUGUUUAACUGACCUUGAUGUAAAUCUUGAUGUAUAUAUGAGCUAUUAACUCUGGAAAUUUGUGUAGUACUUUGGUAAAACUUUUACUUUUGAUUUGCAAUUGAUAUAAGAUUCUCAUUUGUGCAUUA